UAGUAAUGUUCCGAUCUCAGUAGUCCUUGCAGGAAAACACACAUUUGAUAUCCGAUAUGUUUGGUAAAAUCGUUUGGAUUAUAGCCGCUUUUACAACCACCGCAGAAAGUUUCUUUGAUAAAAUGCAAUGUGCGAACUGCUCGAAGAUAAACCGAAAUUGCCAAGUUAAGACAACCGGAUGGAGUUGUGAAUUUGAAGUUGAUGCCCUGAAGUUUGACCCCUAUGCAAAUUCGUCCAAUAUACCGCCAUUUCUAGAGGCUUGCCUGCCAGCCGGAAUGGGUUUUCUAAAUGAAAAGCCAAUAAUCGGGUAUUGCUGUUUCUGGUCACCAGAAAUGGGAUGUCAAAAGAUCAGAAGAAGAAGUACAGAUAUUGAAAGUAAUAGGCGUUGUCACAUGUGCAGUCGAGCAGUUUGGUCAUCGUUGAUGGAAAAUAAGACGUGUCCCUGCGGAAAAUGGUUUGUGGACGCUGAAGAAAAAGCCGCUAAUCAAAAUAUUUUAAAUUUAAUAGUGUUCGGGAUAUUAAUAUGUACAUUACUAUUUUUGUAAGGCAAAUAAAU